AUUUGCCGCUUUUCUCGUUCCACAUAGUACACAUGACGCGCCGCCAGGAGCCACUGCCAUCGCCGACAGUAUGGAAGACUACGAGAGCGUCUUGCUCGUUAAAAACGAAGUUUUCGUCUACAAAAUACCACCCAGGACGACAAACAGAGGUUACAGGGCUGCAGACUGGAAACUUGAUGCUCCAGAAUGGAAAGGGCGCAUGAGGUUGGUCGUGAAGGGCAAGGAGUGCAUUCUGAAACUCGAGGACAAGAUUUCGGGUGAACUGUUUGCCAAAUGCCCGAUCGACAAGUACCCGGGUAUUGCAGUAGAGGCGGUGAUGGAUUCAAGCCGCUACUUUGUCAUUAGGCUGCAAGAUGACAAUGGCCGUGCAGCAUUCAUUGGUAUUGGUUUCGCAGACCGGGGUGAUUCAUUCGACCUGAAUGUUGCCCUUCAAGACAUUUCAAGUACUGUUAUUGUUCUGUCGUUCAGGUGGCUCGAGAAGAGUGAGGAGUUGGAGAAAGGUGGCAGUGAUCCCACUCAGCCGCAUUUGGACCUCAGCUUCAAGGAAGGCCAAACAAUCAAGAUCAACAUGAACAUUGGUCAGAAGUCGGGCUCGGGAAAGAGCAGACCCAGGGCACCCACAUCCGGCAGUGGCGGAGGAGGAAUCGGCUUGCUGCCGCCGCCACCGGGAGGCGUCAAGCUGCCUCCACCGACCUCGCAGCCCGGCAGCGGCCUCCGACCACCUCCGUCGAGUCCGGCCACGGCUCAGACGCCUGAGGGCAACGGCAACUCCUGCUCGCCCUCGCCUUCCUCCUCGUCCUCCCUGCCUGUGGCAGCGGGAGCAGUGGGGAACCUGUUGGACCUGAGUCCUCCGAAGGAAACUGCCCCUCCGCUUCUGUCUGGCGACGGUCCAGCCGGCAAUGCGGCAUCGGUAGCACCGGCAGCAGUCACCUCCGCAGACCCGUGGGGCGACUUUGCCAGUGCUCCCAUCACACCGCCGGCAAACAGCAGCGCACCAUCGCAGCAGUCUCCGAGUCAAGGGGCCUGGAUUCAGUUCUGAGGAACCAUCGCAACACCCGCCAAAGGCACCCCUUCAGCGAAUGCGAAAGAAGCGCAGUUACGAGGCACAUUCCAUUUUUCCUUCCUGUCUUCGCCACGUCGUCUCCUUCCUUUCAAACCGUUUUCCCGUCUCAAGUGUUCAGCUAAGACUGUAAAGAGAAAAAAAAACCUUCCUUGCUACCCAGUCCAUCUGUGGAUGGUUGUUUCUUGUACAUAAGUUAUAAAUAUUUAUAAAAUAUAUAUAUAUAUAUAUAUACAUAUUGUGGUGUACACAAAACUCGCGUGCUGCUUAUUAGCUUUUUGCUUUUCCUUGAAGUCUAGAUAUAGGAGUUAUUUUCCUACUCUUAUUGUUAGAAAAAAGGAAAUGUGAUAUGUCUGGCCAGAAGGGCUGUGGGAAGCCUAGCUCAUGCCUCGACGGUGCAGUUUUUUUUCUUUCUCUUUUCUUGUUUGUUCGUUUUGGGAAGAGGGGUCUCUACACUCAGAAGGUUUGUUCGUUGUUUCCUCCCUGUGCUUAAAACAAAAGAAGAAAAAAAAGUGUCCUCCGUACUUAGAUAGGUGUGCCGCGUGUUAGACGACGGAAUUCAUGUUUGUGCCUGGCUUAGGAAGAAACUGUUGCUUAGAGAGGAAACCUGGUUCUUGCGUGUAUGCCGCGCAUGUAAGUGGUGGCAUAAGUGCAACGAAAAGUAAACGUUUGCAAACGAGAA